CGCUAUCAAAAAUGGGCGUGAUCUUUUUGAAGAUACUCAAAAAAAAAACCCCCCACCUUUCAGCAAAACAGCCAAAAAAAGACACCAAGCCAACAAUGGCGCCGUUACCAGACUUUAGCAACCGGGACAGGUUCCCAACCUUUGUCACCAUCCCGGAAGCAGGCGCACCCGCCAGCGACGGCAGCCAGCAGCCGGAGGAGUGGUACCUCCUCGCGCACAUCAAAAACGACAUGACGAUAGCCAAGCCGACGCUGGUGGUCGAAGACCGGGACGGGUCCCCCUUCGCCGUCGUGUUCGAGGGCUACGGGCGCGACGACCUGGACCUCAAGGCGCGCGGGCUCAAAAAGGGCAACACCAUCGUCCUGCCGCGGGCCAGGCGCGUGCCGCCGGCCGACGAGACCAAGCGCGGCUUCGUCAGGGUCGACAAGGCCGACGCGGCCGCCGUCAAGGCCGUCCCCGGCGCGCUGGAGAGGGUGCUGGCGCUCGGGGGCGUCGAGGAGGAUGCCACGGUCUGCUCGGCGUGCGGUGGCAAGGGGGAGGCGGGUGCGGGUUUGAGUAGGUGUGUCGGGUGUGGAAGGGCUAGGUAUUGCGGCAAGGAAUGCCAGGUUAAAGGGUGGAAUGAAAGCCACAAGGUGUACUGCAAAAUCUUCAAGGGAUUGGAUGUUGUAUUUGGGUGAAGAAACCUGCUUUCUUGUUGGUCCUACCAUGAGUGACAACCACAAUAAGCCCGACACACAUGUCUUCAGGACAGGGAAGGGAGACUGGUACAAAUUGGUCCAAAAUCACGACAAGACAAUCUAGACUAUCUAGAACUAAUCAAUUUUUUUUUGUUCAAUUAAAUGCUCUUGAUAAAACCACC